GUGGUGUCACUUCCUCGCACAGGGAAUUCCUGCCGGGAGCGGCUGUCAGGGAUUAAAUCGACCUGCCCGGGGAGGGUUUGGAGCCCCCAUCCCUGCAGGAAAGGCCGGACGGGGCGCUCAGGGCUCUGGGCUGGGCACACGGUGGGGAUCGGGCUCGCUGAUCCUGCAGGGCUUUUCCACCCUCAGCGAUCCUGGGAUUCUGUGCUUUAAAAAGAACAUCUGUCCUGAGCAUCUCCGACAUUAGCAAAACUUACUGUGAGUAAAAACCAGCUGCCGAUUAAAACAGGAAUCAGGCGCCCGCUGCUUGCUCUAAAAAUCGUGUCCCGGUUUCCCCCGGAUAAUUCCAGAGAAAUCGGCAGGAAAGGGUGGCAGGGAGAGCACAGUAAGCACAACGUGAUCCUGUUUUUUGUGGAAAAUGCCAGUCGGGAAAAUGCGUUGAAAUAUCCUAAGCACUGAAGAAAUGCUCAUUAAUGAUCCAGCCUCAGCUAUAUGGAACGUGUUCCAUUUAACACUCUGUGUCUAAUUAAUGAAGAAAGGGUUCUGCUGCACUCCCUUGGUGAACAAUGAAGGUUCUGCUGCUGAAGGAUCCCAAAGACAAAGAUUCAGGACCAGAUCCAUAUAUUAAAGAAUUAGGAUCAUACAGCUUGGAAGCAACAUUGAUCCCAGUUUUGUCUUUUGAAUUCACCUCUCUUGACAGCUUAUUUGAGAAGCUUUCCCAUCCAGAGUGCUAUGGAGGCCUAGUUUUUACCAGCCCAAGAGCAUUAGAAGCCAUCAAGAUAUGUUUAAAAGAGAAGAGUAAAAAAGAAGCCUGGUCAAAAUCUCUUAAACAAAUGUGGAAUAUCAAACCAACAUAUGUGGUAGGAAAAGCUACAGCUUCUUUAGUGGAAGAAAUUGGUCUUAUUCCACAAGGAGAAAAGGCUGGAAAUGCUGAGAAAUUAGCUGAAUAUAUUUGUUCAAGAGAGAAACCCAAUUCCUCAGCUCUCCUAUUUCCUUGUGGAGCCCUGAAAAGAGAAGUACUUCCUACAGUGCUUAGAGGAAAAGGCAUACCCCUGGAGAGCUUCACUGUUUAUCAAACAACUCAGCACCCUGAUCUGCAGGAAGCUCUGAGCAGUUACUUCUCCCAGCAGGGGGUCCCUGCGAGUGUCGCGUUCUUCAGCCCAUCUGGUGUCAAAUUCUGCCUCCAGCACAUCCAGAAGCUUUCAGGGGAUCUGAUCAACCAAGUGAAGUUCGCUGCCAUCGGCCCCAGCACAGCAGAGGCCCUGCAGAGCGCCGGGGUCGCCGUGAGCUGCACUGCAGGGAGCCCCACGGCCCAGGAGCUGGCUGCUGCCAUCCACACAGCCCUGCAGCCACACAGCUGCUCUGUGCCCCCCUGAGAGCCCAGCCUGCCCAGCAAGGUCAAGUUGCUGCUCCAGAGAAAGUGGUUUUUGGGAUUAUGAAGCACUGUCCGGGUCAGGAAUGGGUGUGAGAAGGUUGCACUGAAAUAUCUUAACAAAUCUGGAAUCUUUCCAAAAUCAUCCAGCUAUUCCCUUUCCUCCUCUGUGCACUGUGAAUAUUUUGUCCUUGAAAAGCAGCUGUGAACACUGACACUGAAGUCAGCCCCACACCUCAGCUCAGGAACCCCCAGCACACAGCUCAGGUUGGAGCUGCUCUGUAUGAUCAGUUUUACUUGCACAUCUUCUUUGUAGGAAAACCCCACAUAUUCCAAUGAAGUAUUUUCUUUUGUAAACUUGUUAUUCUGCUUCUCAAAUAUUUGUAUAAAAAUGAUAAUUGUAUAUUCUUAGUGGAACAGGAGAAUUCUUGCAGUGAAGUUGCUCUGUGUGGGGCUAAUUCAGGGCAGCUGUUGCCCCGUGUUACCCUGACAGGGUCUUAAAAAUGAGGUUUUGGUUUCUGUUCCUGUAAAUAAAGAGCAUUUAUUAACAGGAAAUAAACUGGCUUAUCAGAAU